AGAGCAUAUCUCACUGACAGAUUCACCUAACUAGAGCCAGCAGCUACUGUUUGUAUCAAAAAACUAAUAAAGCAUCAUGGGUGGUUCCGUUUCUAUUGGACAAACUGGCAGACCGACGGUAUUUCCAAAGGAAGACUUUGAUCCUGCAUCGUCAGCAGAGAAAGUAAAGAACGCUAUUGAUGGAUUUGGUACUGACGAAAGUGCAUUGAUAAAAGUGUUUGCAAGCCAUUCCAAUUUGCAAAGACAAGAGAUAGCCUCUGUUUUUAAGCAGAGUUACGGUAAAGAUUUGCAAGAAGAACUGAAGGAUGAGUGUGGAGGUGAUUUUGAGGAUGUUUUGAUUGCCCUUACCACUCCAUCUCGGCUGUAUGAGGCACGAUUGUUGCGAAAUGCUAUGAAAGGAGCCGGCACAGACGAAAAGGUUCUUAUUGAAGUUCUUGCGACAAAAGCUAAUAUAGAAAUGAAAGAGUUGAAAGCAAUCUAUGAGGAAGAAUACAAAGAGGAUGACAGAAAAUUGGAAGUUGAUGUUGAAAAUGAGACGUCUGGAGAUUUUAAAUGUUUACUCUUAUCACUUUUAAACGCUGAUAGAGAAGAAAUUCCAGCAGAUGAAGAUGUCGCUACUGAAGAUGCAACUAGACUACACGAGGCCGGCGAAGCUAGAUUUGGAACGGAUGAAUCUGAGUUUAAUAGAAUAUUGUGCCUUAGAAGUUAUGACCAUUUGCAACUCGUUUUAUCUAAAUAUGAAGAAAUGUUUGGCGAAAGCCUGGAGGAUGUGGUUAACAAUGAAACUUCCGGAUCAAUUCAGGACGGUUACUUGACCAUUCGUUAGUAAAAUACACUUUGAGAGAAAAUCGAUAGCAAUAAUAUUAUUGAGAUUAGUAGCAAUAGCAAUAAUUUUUAUUCUUUAUGAAAACAACAGUUAAAUUUGUGCGAGAUUCCAAGGCCUACUACGCUGAACUUUUGUACAAAUCGAUGAAGGGUAUCGGGACUGACGAUGAUCAGCUCAUAAGGACUAUUGUAACAAGAUCCGAGAUUGAUUUGGCUGAUAUCCAAGACAAAUUCGGGGAGCUGUACGAACAAAGUUUGCAGGACUUCGUUAAGGACGAUCUUGGUGGAAAUUACGAAAAGAUUAUCCUAUGCUUGCUUAACCCUAGUACUGCCUAGGUACGUGCCUUAUUUUGCUUGAUUUACAUGAUUUUAAUGUAAUGUAGUGUAGUAGCCAAUGUACACGCAGUGUUUUGAUAUUCUUGCUAUUAAUAAAAAAGCUUUGUCGCAUUUCUUAGUUCUAUUUUUUAAUAACGUUUCGUGUUAUUAAUAUACGCUCUCUUCAUGCAGAUGCAGAAAAUCUAAGUAACAUCUGUAUAUCUAACUUGAUAGCUCUCUAUAGCAUGUAUACUUUCAAUCUAGAUCUCUUAGUAAUCCAGAUAUCAGCAUCUAAUAGCAGGAAGAUUCAGCUUCCUUAAAUCCAAAGUGCUGUAUGCCAUACUCAAAUCCUCCAUGAAAAGUGCAGUCUGUAUUUAACAAAAAUAUUUCCAUACGAUUUAUGUUAAAAAAGGAUGAAAUCAGUACAGAGUAAUAAAUUUGCAUAUGAAUAAUGGGAACUUAUAUUACAUACAAAGGACAGAAAAAUUCUGUCCACUAUUUAUAUUAUGUAAACAAUUAAUGUUCUCCUAAAAGUAUGUAUUAUCGUUACACAGAAUAAUAUUCGUGUCAUUGAUUUUUUUGAGUUUCAUUCUAACCUGUCUGGUUUACUCAAUAAGCCUAAAAUCUUCGACACUGUCUCAAUCUGAAAAGCGACAAACAUCUUGAAGAGAAGCAACUGACUUAAUAAACUAUCUCAUCCAAAAAUUACAUUUUAGACCAUUAUCUGAGAAAUUUGAAAGAAUGAAACAUAAGAAUAAUUCGAUUUUUCUUGAUACAGUAAAUUAUUAGAUCUUCAAGUAUCUGGCACGUUCCCAAAUAACUUUUUAAUGUUGUUGAAGAUUGGGUUUCCUUCGUACAAUACUAUACCCGGUUGUGAAUGCCAAUUACAGCAAAGUUUUUUGCCUUACAUGAACAUUUAAUGUAAGCGGCUAGUUCGAAUAUAAUGAAACCCACUUAUCCAUUUAAUUCUAGAAUUAUUCAAAUCGUCAUUUUCAAAUUCUGUUCUACUACUGUUUGAAAUUUUCUUUACUUUUGAAAGCUUAUUCAAGAAUUUACAUCUAAAAGAGAAUUUAUAUUAAAAAUUGUACUUCUUUUACCAAGUAAAUGGAAGCUUCAUAAGAAAAAUUAUUUGUAGCUUUGCACAAUAAUGCGUCGAUUACCAUGUCUGAAAAGGAACGUUAAUUUCAUAUUUUCUACAUUUAGGCCAUAAUAGCUCUGGUGUCAGUAUUUCAGAAAUUUGCUUUCUUUUUC